GGUAUUUCCUGAGUGCUGCUGGGAGUUUUCGAUUGUCUGUAGUAGUUUAGGUCCCUGGCGUUGUUGCUGCGUGCAGAGCAUAUACUUGAUAUAUUCAUCAGUAUCUUAAGAUGGAAUUUAGAAUUGCAUCUACUUGGGAUAGUUUCCCAGUUGCACAUGAGCCUGUUGUUGUCACUCUUAAACCAAGUGAAGGUGGACUACGGAUGCAGGUGGAUGCUCCAUUUUUUGAUGAUCCUUCAGCCCCACCUGGUGAACCAGGGAAGCCAUUCGAUGGUUUAUGGGAGUUUGAAGUAGUUGAAGCAUUUUUCCUGAAUGAUACAACUCAGCAGUAUCUAGAAGUUGAACUUUGUCCACAUGGACAACAUUUACUAUUGCUACUUUCAGGCAGAAGAAAUGCUUGGAAGCAAGGGCUGAAUGUGAAAUAUGAAGCUUCUAUAAAAGGGGACAAGUGGAGUGGUGAGGCUUUUCUUCCUUGGAAUAUGUUCCCUCCAGGCAUCAACAAAUUCAAUGCAUAUGCUAUCCACGGCUCGGAAGAGAAAAGAACUUACGAAGCCUUGUUUCCUCUACCUAAGGAUGAAGCAGAAGUACAGCAAAAACCGGACUUCCAUCGCUUAGAAUACUUUAACGAUUUUAAUUUAAAGACCUUAAUGGGAGACGGCUGGAAUCUGCCCAAGUCAGAUUUGUGGACAUCAGCAGUAAACAACAAUGCUGACUAAAGGAAAGCUAUUGUACUAUUACAAACUAGCAGCUGCGGAGCACCACAGUGUUUGCCUGAUGAAGCUUUUAGCAUGCAGUUUAUAAUUAACAGUCUUUUAAACAUACAUUGUAAAAUGUUGUAUUUCAAAUGAAAAUUCAUAUAUCACAUUGAAAAAAAAGAUACAAAGUGGGUAGGAGAUAAACAUUAAUUGGUGAAGUACAAAAUUGCCUUUGUCUUUUAAGUAACUGGCUUCUUUAGACAUAAAAUAAUGUUAGGUGAUGUUUGUCUAUUGGUUUAAAGCAAGCUGUUAAUGAGAAUUUUCUUAUCUUUUUACGCUUUCUUUUCUGUAUUACUUAGCCAUGGACGUAUUACAUAGAUUUAUGAUUUAUGGCUCUUUUCUUAAAGUUUAAGGCACUGUAA